AUGUGGUUUUCCAAAUUUUCUGCUGCUUUAAUUGGUUUUGGCUUUGUUCAAUCCAAGGCAGAUUACUCCUUAUUCACCAGACAACAAGGUGAGUCUUUCUUUGUGCUGUUAGUUUAUGUUAAUGAUGUCCUAAUUGCAAGCAAUGACAAGAAGCAGGUUAAGGAAUUUAAGGUCUUGUUAGAUCAGAAAUUUAAGUUGAAGGAUUUAGGGGAAUUAAAAUACUUUCUUGGUUUUGAGGUGGCUAAAACAGCAAAGGGAAUUUCCUUGUGUCAAAGGAAAUAUGCUCUAGAAAUAUUAAAGGAUGUUGGUUUACUUGGAUGUAAGCUUGCUAAAGUCCCUAUGGAUCAUACCUUGAAACUCAGCAAGUAUGAGGGUGAGUUGCUUGAUGAUCCAAGUCAGUAUAGAAAGCUUGUAGGCAGGUUCCUUUACUUGACCAUCAUAAGACUUGACAUCACUUUUGUAGUGCACAGAUUGAGCCAAUUUAUAGCAAAGCCAAGGAAGACUUAUUAUGCAGCUGCUCUAAAGGUCUUGCAUUACCUAAAGAAUGAACCAAGGAAAGGAGUUUUCUUCUCUGCAAGUUCAGCACUUCAUGUCAAAGGGUUCAGUGAUUUAGAUUGGACAUCUUGUCUAGAUACAAGGAGGUCAAUAACAGGGUAUUGCAUCUUUAUUGGGGAUUCAUUAGUCUCUUGGAAGUCAAAGAAGCAAUCCACUAUAUCAAGAUCUUUAGCUGAGGCGGAAUAUAGGCUAUGGCUAUGUCAACAUGUGAAAUUGUGUGGAUUCUUUACUUGUUAA